UGGCGGGCGGGGCUCCGCGCGGGUCACGUGGCGGCGCUCACGUGAGGCGGGCGCGAUGGCGGAGGAGGAGCGCGCGCUGCUGGGCGCCGAUGGCGGCGAUGGCGGCGGCGCCCCGGGCCCGCCCCGCGCCCUGCCCGCCGCCUGCGACCCCCGCCGCCUCCCGCACCGCCUGCUCGUGCUGGCCCUCAUGUGCUUCCUGGGAUUCGGCAGCUACUUCUGCUACGACAACCCCGCCGCCCUCCAGACGCAGGUUCAGCGGGACAUGAGGGUGAACACGGCGCAGUUCAUGGCUCUCUAUGCCUGGUACUCGUGGCCCAACGUGGUGCUCUGCUUCUUCGGGGGCUUCCUCAUAGACAGGGUCUUUGGGAUCCGGUUGGGCACUGUAAUAUUCAGCAUCUUCGUGUGUGUGGGGCAGGUGGUUUUUGCUCUGGGAGCCCUGUUCAACACGUUCUGGCUGAUGGAAGUGGGCAGGUUCAUAUUUGGCAUUGGCGGUGAGUCCCUGGCGGUGGCACAGAACACGUACGCAGUGAGCUGGUUCAAGGGCAAGGAGCUGAACCUGGUGUUCGGGCUGCAGCUCAGCAUGGCCAGGAUCGGGAGCACGGUGAACAUGAAUAUUAUGGGAUGGAUCUACUCCAGGGUUCAGGAUCUCCUGGGCUAUGCUGGCCCCAGCACCCUCGGCCUGGCUCUGCUCAUAGGUGGAGUCACUUGUCUCUUCUCCCUGAGCUGUGCUUUGAUCCUGGCCUACCUGGACAGGAGAGCAGAGAAGCUGCUCUGUAAAGAGCAGGGGAAGACAGGAGAAGUGAUCAAGCUGACAGACGUGAAGGAUUUCUCCUUGUCCCUGUGGCUCAUCUUUGUCAUCUGUGUCUGUUACUACGCUGCAGUUUUCCCCUUCAUCGGCCUGGGGAAGGUUUUCUUUAUUGAAAAAUUUCGAUUUUCCCCUCAAGAAGCCAGUGCAAUUAACAGCAUCGUGUACAUCAUCUCAGCUCCCAUGUCCCCCGUGUUUGGGCUGCUGGUGGACAAGGUUGGCAAGAACAUCGUGUGGGUGCUGUGUGCUGUGCUCACCACGCUGGGCUCGCACAUCCUGCUGGCCUUCACCUUCUGGAACCCCUGGAUAGCCAUGAGCCUGCUGGGCGUGGCCUAUUCCCUGCUGGCCUGUGCCCUGUGGCCCAUGGUGGCCUUCGUUGUCCCCGAGCACCAGCUGGGAACUGCCUACGGCUUCAUGCAGUCCAUCCAGAACCUGGGCCUGGCAGUGAUCGCCAUCGCUGCUGGCAUGAUCCUGGACACCAGGGGCUACCUGUUCCUCGAGGUUUUCUUCAGUGCCUGUGUCUGCUUGUCACUGAUAGCUGUGGUCAUGCUGUACUUUGUGAAUCAUCUCACAGGUGGUGAUCUCAACUGGUCUGCAAAGAAAAGGGCAAAACUGCAGAAAGCAGCUGCUUCUGAAGCAGAAGAGCAGGAGAGGCUCAGACGACAGAACGAAGAUGAUUUGGCAAAGUUGCUGCCAAAAGCUGAUGCCUUUAGUUUAAGGAAUAAAUACCUGUCCAAACUUGGAGCUCAGCUCCCAGCUCAUUACUCCUCCUGUUUCUCAACCCUGGCCCACAGAAGUGUGUUGAAAUAGCAGCUUGGCCCUGUGGAGAAGCAGGAAUACACUGAAUUUCCUGGGAUGCUCCAGUGCUUUGCUGCAAGCCUAGAUCCUAGAUUUAAACCAUUGCCUAGAGCUCCUCCCUCCUGGGCAGUUCAGAGAUCCUGAUGGGAAUUCUGCUCUGGUGGAACCUCUGAGCUCCUGCUCCAGCUCUGUCCCAGCGCUCCGUGAGUAGCUGAGUCAGGCCAGGGUUUGAUCUGAGGGUGUGAAAUGGGAAAUUCAGACCUCAGAGUGCUGGGAUGGGCCUGGCUGGAGCUGGGGCUCUCCCAGCCUCUCCUCUCCACACCUUCCCUGCUCUGUUCUGUUCUUCUGGGAGCAAAAGGGGAGGAAAAGCUCCCAAGAAUCUUCAGAGGAAUCUCCAAUUCCAGAAGCACCAAACAUGCUCAGCCUCAGGAAUUCAUCCCAGGUCAGGAACAGCAAUAACCUCUCCAAGCCUGAAUAAUGUGAAAACUGAUAUAUUUUUAAGAGUUAGUGACUAAAAACAAUAAAAAGAGUCAAAGCAAGGACUGGAUUUGCUUCCAGAGGGAAAACGUUGAAUUCCAUGGUGGAAUCCUCAUUUCCCAUCACUGCAGUGGGAGGCUCCUUGCUGAGCAGGGAGUUCCCAGAGCCCCUGCAGGGUGCAUUUUGCUUUGGUUUAAUUACUCCUGGAGGUAAUUGGAUAAAUGAUCCCUGGUCUGAGCUGAUGUUGCUGCAAAGGGCAGGAGCAGGAGGAGCCCCAGGGAUGGGGAAUGGUCCUGGGGUAACUGCAGGGAGAGGAGUCUGGUAGAAUCAAAUGUUGCAUUUGGUGUAGAAUGUUCUUAAUUUAAUAAUUUUAAUUUAGGCAGAGCUCACAGUCUUAAUGCUUGGUUUUAAAAGAGAUUUUUGCAGUGGAAAUUUCUUGGAUGUCCCAGGGAUGUCUCAUUUUCCUGGAGCCCCUUUUGGGUGGAAGUUCUGGAGUCUGGAGGAUGCUGUGGGAAACCAGAGCAGCAGCUGGGCUGUGCUGGUUUGUCCUGGUCCUUCCUGGGCCCCUCAGAACCAGCACUGAGGGCUGGGCUGGGCUUUCCCUGUGGAUUUGGGGUGGUUUUCAAUAAACCCUCGCGUUGGACACUGGCACCUGUGGGGUUUG